UAGCAGGAGGAGACACAGAAAUGGCGGAGACGGCGCGGCGAGCAGCGUGAAGUCCUGAUGAAUCACACGGACCCCAAAAACUCACCACGACGGGAAAAACACGACCAUGACGUCCAAGUAGGACUCCUUCUGUAACGGUCACCAAACACCCGCAGCACCUCCUUCCUCCUCCGGGAGACUUUCAUCUAGUCAGCGGAGCAGAGAGACUCUGUGACCGGGAGCAGCAUGGCUUCUUCCUACAGCAACCAGUACAUCUUCGGGGAGUUCAGCCCUGAUGAGAUCAAUCAGUUUUUUGUGACUCCACGAUGUUAUGUCGAGCUUCCUCCGUUCAACGACAAAGUCCCAUGCGUCAGUCAGUCUUCUGGAAGUUACUGCACUCCUGCUGUACCUUAUAUUAUGGAGUCAAUGGGACUGCAGGUUUGCGCAGAAGACUAUCAGCGCAUUGAGUUUGGCGUUGACGAGGUGAUGGACUCGAAGCCCGUCGGGCUGAACGACCCUCUGUUCAAGGUGUCGAGCACUCUGAACCCCCAGGCGCCGGAGUUCAUCCUGGGCUGCCAGUCGGCCCAGAAGCCCCCGCAGACGGCUCCCCCGGCGGACGACGACGUCCCCGACGGCGCCCACUUCAACUCACUGGACGGCGCCGACUCCGAGGCGUCCGCCCUGGACAAUCACCAGGCCUGCCAGGACCUGAUGGACGGGCUGCCCGGCAGCUUGGGACAGCGAGAGCGGAAGAAAAAGAAAAAGCGACCGCCGGGAUAUUACAGCUACCUGGACCCGUCGGUCGCCGGCGGCAACAGCAACAUCAACAGCGGUGGCGGCGGUGGCGGCAGCGCGGCAGACGGGACGCCUCUGGCGAUGGCGGCGCUGGUGAACGGACACGCGAUGGUGGGCGGGCCGCACCACGGCGCCGAAGACGUGGACGGUAAGACGCCGUCGUCGUCGGGGGCCGAGCUGUCCCCGCCUGGAGCCGUCUCCAUGGCAACAACGGCUGCUGCCACUGCUGCUGCUGCUGCGACGUCGGCGGCGGCCAAGUUUUCCCCCACGCCCACUGCCAAUCAGAGGACUUGUGACAGCCCUGAUGACUCGUCUUUGGACUUAACGAGCGGCGCCGCCUCGCUAUCGGAUGGCAACAACGCAACUUCCUCUUCGUCGUCGUCGGGGGCGACGGAGGGGCCGAGGACUGCAGAGCAGCAGCCAGAUCUUUUGGCUCCUCAGAGCCCCGAACUACUCUCAGAUACUCCACACAGCCCCUCCCCCCCCCCCCCUCCCCCUCCAGCUGCUGCAGCCCCUCCCCCCUCUGUCUCCGCUCCCAUUACGACUACUGAACUGGAGGACCGGGAGCUAGCGGACAGCGGGGCGGCUAGCGCGGUGGCUAACGGGCUAGCGGAGCCCGACAGCGCUCCCGUCAGUGCAGACGAACACAAAGAAGACUGUGAGAGCAGCGGGGACUCCGCCCCGGACUCUGCUGCCCCGUCGGCAGCCACAGAGCAGGUUGUUAUUCCAGCUGCACCUACUGCCAACCUCCCCAAGUCUUGGGCUAGCCUCUUCCACAACUCCAAGCCUCUGCCGGGCGGCCCGCAGGCCUUUGUGGAGGUAAAGAAUGUUGUGGAGGCUGUUUCUCCCAGCCCCACUACGCCAGAGCAGCCUGAGAAAGUUGGGGAGGUCAAAGAAGGCCCAGUCCACGUUUCAGAGGAUCCUAUGGCCCCUAAACUUGCAGAACUUAUUGAGAAUGUGAAGUUGAUACAUAAACCAGUGUCUUUGCAGCCGAGAGGACUGAUCAACAAGGGAAACUGGUGCUAUAUCAACGCUACCCUGCAGGCCCUGAUCGCCUGCCCCCCCAUGUACCACCUGAUGAAGUCCAUCCCUCUGCACACGGAGACGCAGAGGCCGAGCACCUCCACGCCCAUGAUGGACAACUUUGUUCGGCUGGUGAACGAGUUCAACAACAUGCCUGUGCCAUCUAAAGCCAAACAGCAAGCUGUUGGUGAUAAAGUCAUGAAAGACAUUCGGCCUGGAGUCCCGUUUGAACCGACCUACAUCUACAGACUCCUGACGCUCAUCAAGUCCAGUCUCUCUGAGAAGGGCCGACAGGAGGAUGCAGAGGAGUAUCUGGGCUUCACUCUCAACGGACUGCAUGAGGAGAUGCUGGCUCUGAAGAAACUAAUCUCGCCUCAGGAAGAGAAAGCUCCGACCCCCAACGGGCCGGAGUCCCAGCCAGGUGUGGAGGAAGAUGUUGCUGAUAAAGAGGAAGAGGGCAGCGAUGACGAGUGGGAGCAGGUCGGCCCCAGAAACAAGACGUCCAUCACUCGCCAGGCCGACUUCGUCCGCACGCCCAUCACCGACAUCUUCGGAGGACACAUCAGAUCGGUGGUGUACCAACAGAACUCUAAAGAGUCGGCCACCCUGCAGCCUUUCUUCACCCUGCAGCUGGACAUCCAGUCAGAGAAGAUCCGGACGGUCCAGGAGGCUCUGGAGACCCUGGUGGCCCGGGAGUCGGUCCAGGGGUACACCUCCAAAACCAAGCAGGAGAUUGAGAUCAGCCGGAGAGUGACUCUGGAGGAGCUUCCUCCUGUGUUGGUUCUCCAUCUCAAGAGGUUUGUCUUUGAGAAGACUGGAGGCUGCCAGAAGCUGACCAAGAACAUCGAUUACCCCGUCGACCUGGAAAUCAGCAAAGAUCUUUUGUCUUCUGGAGUUCGGAGCAAAGUCGUGAAAGGCCAAAGAACUUACAGGCUCUUUGCAGUUGUCUAUCACCAUGGUAACAGUGCGACCGGCGGCCACUACACCACCGACGUCUUCCACAUCGGUCUGAACGGCUGGCUGCGCAUCGACGACCAGGCGGUGAAGGUGAUCAGCCAGUACCAGGUGGUGAAGCAGACGGCCGAGCGCACCGCCUACCUGCUGUACUACCGCCGCGUCGACCUGCUCUAGACACACACACUCACACACACACACACACACACAAACACACAGCCCGACACACACACACACACACAUGCAAGAAAACCCGAAUAUCUCCACGACGAACGCACACAAAGAAACAAACACAAACACAAACAUGAAACUAACGAACAGGAACACUGCCCAACUUGUUCUCUUGCAAGAUUUUCCUCUUCUUCCCUCCUUUCCUGUCCUCCGCUUUUCCUGAGAACCAGCUUUUCCGACACCUUUUUCCUUGUUUUUUCUUUUUUUUUGGAGGAAGAGAAAAACAAAAGCUGCAUUCACAAAGAUUCCCUGUGACUGCUAACUACUCUCUCUCUUCUCUCUGCGCACCACUGCUGUUUUUUUUUUUUUGUUUUUGUUCUUCGUUUUUACUUUUUAAAAGCGGCGAGAAGAAAAAGGACUUUGUGGACUAGACAGAGGAGGGGUCGGGGGGUCAAGGGUCAAGGGUCGGGGGGGGGUCACAGAGACUCUGAGCUCGGCUCAGAUAGCCGACGGAGGACUCGCUCACAGGAAGAAGAACUCUCUGCCACGCGGCUGCAAGUGUCUGAAUUCCCUUUUUUUAAAGGAAAUGACGUAGAAAAUAUCAGUGUUUGCCUUUGAAGUAAAAGGAGAACUGUUGGCCUAAAUGAUUUGCAGCAGUUUAAAAGCCUAUUUGAAUUUGCCCUCGUGCAUCCAAAAGGCCCAGCACCAGCAUUAUUAUUAUUAUUAUUAUUAUUAUUAUUAUUAUUAUUAUCACGAGUCUCUCCUUUUUCUUUCCCAACAAGGCCAGAUUGUCUUCUUCUUCUUCGCAAAAACACAAACAAACUCCUCCUCUUCCUCCAUUUCCUCACUUUUACGAUGCUUUUAAAUCUUAAAGGUACAACUUUGAGCCAUCAACAACCAUAGAAGAAGAAGAAGAAGAAGAAGAAGAAACAACAAACUGAUGCGUGGUACAUUGGAAAAAAAGAAAAAAAAAAACAGCUUCCUUGUUUGAGAGAUCCUUGUUCUGGUAUCUGGGUUUAGAUUUAGAAAAAGACUUAUCUACAAAAAAAAAGAAUAAAAAAUAUUAAUGCGCUUUAGAAUUUAAUAACAAAUACGCUUCUGUGCACAAAGUAUAAACUCGAUCGAUGAUUACGACAUGACAGGCAAAUGCAUAUUUUGCAAGAAUAUUUAGAUUAAAAUGUAAAAAAAAAAAAAAGGAAAAAGACAUUUAAAAAAAAAAAUAUAUAAAAUCUAACUGACUGAGAACUCGUUUUUUGGGGUCCUAAAAAAAGGACUAAAAAUGCUCGUUUUUAGAUUCAGUUAUUGCACUGGAGAUAUGGCAACCAACCAAUCAGACAGAUUCCACUGCAAGAAACCAACCUGCCCUUUGUUUACUUUGUACAUUUCCUUCUCUAUCCAUUCUUUAUUUUUCUUCGUCUCUACUCGUCUAAAGGUUCCGCCUGUGUUUCGGCGGAUUAUCAGUGUAGUUUUUUGAGCCACACCACCCCUCUUACCCCCCGACUCAGCAGAAAAUGGGGGCUGCCUUAGGUUCAACGUGUGAUGUUUCUCCACUCAGUGUGCAAUCUAACCCUAACCAGGCGCCAACAGCAAGUCUAAUGUCUGUUUCAGAGUUAGGGGAAUGUACCUGACACCUUGUAUUUACUCUUUUGUGGCUCAGCGUUUUUUCCUCCCAGUCGAGGAAAUCUGAGUUUUUUUAGGGGGACGUGGGACGACAUCUGUGCUAAAAAAAAAAAAUCUGCAAUCUGCAUAAAAACAAACCCUGGACAUGUGCACAAAAGGAGAUAGUGUUUGCUUUUUGUUGAAAAUAUUGAUUUUUUCUCUUUUUUUUUUUGAUCAUUCAUUGAUUGUGAUGAUUUUUUUUCUGUUUGAGUUACUAAAAAGCUGUUUUUUUUCUGUCAUUGAUCAUUUAUUGGAUGUCCCCCCCCCCCAUUGCUCUCGCAACCCUUCAGAUAAAAAAAUAUGCUUGCAUUUGAAUUGGUGUUUGAAAAGAAAUUACACAGGCUAAAGCACAACAAUGAAUAAAAUUGAACUAGUUCUUUGCUUGAUAUUUAUUCCCUUUUUUCUUUUUCUUUAUUUUUUGGCAUUUUUUUCUUCUCAUAUUUUGUUUUCAUUCCAACCAACAGUGUCAGAAUCUCAGUAUUAUUAUUAUUAUUAUAAUAACACUUUAAACAAAAUAUAAUCAGAUCAAGUAUUUCCACACCAUUUUUAGGCAUGUUAUAUUUUGACUUUAGAGCUGCAACUAACGAUUAUUUUCAUUAUGGAUUAAUCUGUUGACUAUUUAAACGGUUAAUCGGUUAGUUGUUUGGUCAAUAAAACGUAUAAAAAAUAAAUAUAUAUAAAAGAUGACGUCCUCAAAUCUCUUGUUUUGUCAACAAACUAAAGAGAUAUUCAGUUUAUUGUCAUAAAGGAACAAAGAAACCAGAAAUAUUCACAUUGAAGAAGCUGAAAUCAGAGAAUUUGUAUUUUAAAAAACUGCUCAAACCAAUUAUUAGAUUAUCAAAAUAGUUGACGAUUAAUUUAGUAAUCGAUUAAUCGAAUUGUUGCAGCUCUAGUUUGGCUUUUAUCCACUAAAGUCUUUUUUUUUUGUCUCACGCGUAGUUUAAUUAAAUCAAGGUACACAGGUGAGAAGAUCCCACAUUUUCCUACUUCAGAUGUUUAGAAACAUGAAACUGUAUUUUAAUUUUAAGUAUUUAACUUAAUUUAACAACACGUCCCUUGCCAUACUUUGUUGUAAAAAUUUGCAUAAUACAGAUGAAGUUUCAGGCUUUUAAUUUGAAAUUUAGGUCAGAUAUUUUCCAAAAUAAAACAUAACUUCACAUUAGAUAUGUGUAUGAAAUGUAACAUAGUCUUAAUUUCUUGUAGGUUUCAGAGUGAGAAACCUUCCCAGGAAAAACCAAAGGAAACAACCAUAAAUUCUCCUUCAGUAAAUCUAUAUUCAGACUUUUAUUUUCUCCUUCUGCAUUCGACUUCCUGUUUCCAUAUCGUCCCACAGGAGACGGAGGCGUUCUGGACAGUCGAUCUUCAUCUUCUGACUCUAAAUGUUCAGUUGUGCUGCAGGCUUUGUCGUCAUUUCUGCACAAAUUGUGACAUUUGCAUAUUUUCUUUCCCCCCUUUUCUCUUGAAGAAUGUUUUGGGAGUUGGGACUUUAAAAACGGACACCUUGAGCUUUCUGUUGUACAGUUUUAUCUCAGUCUCUCACGGCUGGUCAGGAAAUGUGCUGGUGAAAUGCUUCAAAAAAAUAAUGUCUCUCUUUUCAGUAUGUGCUCCUAACAACACUAUUGUCUGCUGGGAAUUGUUGGGAUAUUAUUGAGCUAAAAAGAGAAAAAAAAGAAAAAAAAAAACACAAAAAACAAUCUAUACUGUCUUUUAAUUUUCAGCCUCCAGCGUUCUAUUUUGUUAAUUGUUCAAAUAAAGGAUUGUGCAAAAAGCAGUUUGCUAAUGAAGUGUAGUCAGAGAAGACUACCUGGCUUUUAUUAUAAUUAUACAGUGAAAUACUGAACCAUCUGCAGCCUGAACAGGCUGAAACACAACAAUGUGCACAAUAAACCAAAACCAACAAAA